AUGCAAGCUGUUAAGAACACUAUCGCUGAGAACCUUGGUGGCUUCAGUCACAGCCUCGCCAAACCUGAAUAUCAGUUCGAUCUCGAGAAAGAUGUCCCAGAUCAGACUGGAAAGGUAGCUGUCAUUACCGGUGGCAGCGAAGGUGUUGGCUAUGGUUGCACACACACCCUCCUCGCCCACGGUGCGGCCAAAGUCUUUAUCAUCUCCCUGAAAAAGGAAGUAUUCGAAAAGGCCAAGUCAGACGUCAGCAGCACCAUCUCUCCCGAAGCAGCAGGAAAGAUGACAUGGUUCCAAUGCGACAUGGGUGACUGGCAUAAAGUUGCGGAGGUGGCUGGCCAGAUUGCUGAGCAAACGGAUCGAGUUGACAUCCUAAUCAACGAUGCCGCGAGGGGAAUCAUGACAUAUCAGCUCACCGAGUAUGGAAUGGAUAGACACAUGGCUGUCAACCACAUGGGCCACACCAUCCUGACAAGUCACCUGGAACCUCUGAUGAAGAGCACGGCCAAGAACGGACACACCGUACGAAUCGUCAACGUAGGAAGUAACGCACACGAAUUCACACCUAAAGACACUAAAUUCGCAUCUCUCGACGAGCUGAACCGAGAUCUUGGUCCGAAUCCCCAAUACGGCCGUGCAAAACUAGCCACGAUGCUACACACCAAAUGGUUAACCAAGCACCUAAACUCCGAAUACCCCAACAUCCUCGCAAACUGCGUACACCCCGGCGUCGUCGAGUCCACCAUGAGCACGCAAGACAUCUACGAGCCAUACCCCAUUGCCGGCGCCGCGAUGGCCAUUGGUUUGAAGCCAUUCAAGAAGGACUUCUGGAUGGGUUGUGUGAGCUCGAUGUAUGCGGCUACGAAGACCGAGAAGAGCGGAGAGUAUAUCUGUCCGCCUGCGAUUCCGGAGCCAGGCAGCGAGCUGUUCCAGGAUAAGGAUGGCAGCUUGGCGGAGAAUUUGAUGCGGUUGACAAAGGAGAUUGUGGCUAGUAAGACGAAGACGGAGAGUGUGGAUAAGGGAUGUCCUAUGAAGAUGGCGUGA